UUUUGUUUUGUAUUACAGCUUCGUCAAAUAAAGCACAUGGUCAAGGCGAGCUUUUGCUAUGAAAUUCUAGACAGCAAAGUCGGCGUUUUGUUACAAAGCAAGAUGCUGGCGCAUUUUGCUCGAGGAAGUUCGGAGGUUGAUUGGUGUGAAUCAAAUUAUGCCUAUGUUUCCUUCAUCGCUGAAUUUUAUAACACGGUCAGUAAUGCUGUGUUCCUUGUUCUUCCGCCAUUUUUUAUAUACCUGUUUCGUCCAUACUCAAAGCAUGUCUGCUCUGGGGUCAACAUCGUCUGGGUUCUGUUCGUUGUCAUUGGAUUGAGUUCAGCUUAUUUUCACGCAACACUUAGUCUCGUGGGACAGCUUCUGGACGAACUGGCCAUUUUGUGGGUUUUAAUGGUAGCACUCGCCUUGUGGACACCAAAAUGGAUGCUUGCUCUCAGUCCGUUUGGAGGAGACAGAGAAACAUUCCAGUACGCUGUCCUCGCCCUGUCCUUGGUCUGUACGUGGUUAGGAUUUGUCUAUCCAGUAGCAAAUGCAUUUGUUUUGAUGGCGUUUGGAGCUCCAUUCCUCCUCAUGCUAUUUGCUGAACUUAAAAGAUGUAAAGAUUUAAAAGUUAAAAGAUUGGGAUUCACAUGUGUUACAUGGUGGUUUGCUGCUGUUGUUUUCUGGAUAAAUGAUCGUGCAUUCUGCGACAUUUGGCGGUCUGUCUCUUUCCCAUACCUUCACUGCGCAUGGCACAUUUUAAUUUUUAUAGCAUGUUACACUGGUUGCGUUCUGGGUUCAUAUUUCUACGCUGCAACAGAGUUUCCUCAAUUGCGUCCGGCUUUAUCCUUCUGGCCUCGUUGGUCCUGUGAGUGGGGAGUUCCUUAUGUGGUAUUAAAGGGGGUAACAAUGGAAGAAAAUCCCUGAUGAAAAUUCUGUUAUGGAGAGAACGAUCUGAGCAGCAACCGAGAGAGACACUUUGUCCUGAGCUCUAACUUCUUGGCAGUAAUAGGGUUACCACAAUCACUUCUCGCCCUGGUCUUGCUUUUAAGCGAGGGGGAAGGCCUACACACGUACGCCGUGUCUAAGGUGAUAACACAGGAAAAAAAAAUUUUAGAAAAUUCUACUUAGGAGAAGAAAUUAUACCGGGCUCUUAUAUCUCAUCUACAAAAGAGACUCCAAAACCACCUCUCGUUCCUGUUCUUGCUGAAGUGAUUAACGUUUAAAUUCUCCCCGUAAUAUCCAUGCACUGUACAGCAAACAUGUAAAGAGAAUAUUCAAAUUUAUCGAGUAGAAGUUUCUAUCUUGAUCUAAAACUAAAUUCUUGUUAGUAAUUUACACAGAUAUGUGUGGAAGCUGGAGGGAAGAAUUAGGAGUCAUAUCCUGAGAGUUCAGGGGUUGAAGGUGGUACCGAAGAAAAAGAAACUUCUGAAAAAAAAUUCUCCAUUGCAGAAGAAACUGUCCUGAGUUCUUGCAUCUAAGCUAAAACAAAGUUUUACAAAGUUAUGCCUCGCUCUGUUCUAGUUGGUUCUGCGAAUGAACAAUCCUGUACUUGUCUGUCGCGUUUAAGAUGGUACCCUAGGUAAGAAGCUACUGUCGAAAUUCGACAUCGCAGAGGAAGCUGUCCUUUAGCUGCGACGAAGUUUCCUCUGUUAAGCCUCGUUCCGUUCCUGCUGGACGAGUCCCAUACAUGUUAUCGUGCUGGGGUUACUACCACAGAAAAGAAACUCCUGAACGAAUUCUAAAUGACAGAAGAAACUUAGUCCUGGGGCCCGUUUCUCGAACGUCCCAAUAGAUACCGAAAAUCCUCUUUUUGCUCGCCCUCUUAACAUUCAAGGUCGAGAUAUAUAGAUAGCUUUGAAAUUCAAAAAAACAAACAUAUCCACGAAACAGAUGGGCUGUCAUUUGAGCUAAGGCCUACGCCUCUAUUCCCAAGCUACAGGUUUUAAAACAUUGCUUCCAGGCCAUAAAAAGGAGAGGAGUUUCAAGAGAUAGCCUGUUACGUUUAAGCUGCCACAGAGCUGCUUCAGGUAGUCUAUGAACCAGUACGACAUGAACCAAUGCAGGGCUUUCGAAUUGUCAAGCGAGACGAACGCCCUUUAUGGGCAAGGAAACUUUAUGCGUAUUAUGGGUGGGUGGAUGGAUGAUAAUUCCGGAGCAAAACUACAUACGUAUAUAAAUUGGAUACAUCAACAAAGUUGAAAUGGUAAAUUGGCCACCGUAACGAUUACAAAAGCUGACGUUUCGAGCGUUAGCCCUUCGUCGGAGCGAAGGUAUACAAUGACAGGGUGUAGGUAACUACAUAAAAAAAUAAACAAAUAAAAAUAAAAUAAGAAAAAAAUCAACAAAACAAAAAAAAAAAGGAAGAGGCCACAUCCUGGCUUAUACUGUCAAAG